GGUUGGUUGGCUUCGUGUCGGUACGGUGGUGGUGAUAACAGUCAACGCUUUAUCAGUUUGUCGAUACGGCCGUACUGACAGUGCACCGAACGAUAGGUACGUAUCGCCUCACUUCCUAUCACUUUCAGCGAAUGCGGUGUCAAUAAAUCAACCACAUCACAAUGAUACGUGAACUGACACCAGAAUUGGCUGAGAUUGCCAAAAAGGAAUUGAACGAGAACCCAAAGCAAAUAGCCAAUGAUUUACAACAUUUGAAGGACUGGCUUGCCAAACAACCACACCUGAAAGCAAGAACAGAGGACCAAUGGCUCAUAGCGUUUUUAAGAGGAUGUAAGUUCAGUCUAGAAAGAGUUAAGAAGAAGUUGGAUUUGUACUAUACUCUCAGAACUACAGCUCCUGAAAUCACACGAAGAAUCCUACCUACAGACCCUAAGUUUUUGGAAUUCUUCAGACUUGGAACAUGUUUAAUCUUACCAAAUCCGAAAGGCAAGCUGUGUCCUCGAGUGCUGCUCAUCCGAGCCGGCAGAUACGACCCCUCGGAACACAAUGUAGGGGAAAUCAUGUGCAUGCUGUAUUACUUAGUUCAGAUUAUGGUGUUGGAGGACGAUAUUGCCUGUGUAUUUGGUAUUAAGAUCGUCACAGAUUACGAGGGAGUCACAAUGUCUCACUUCGUUCAAGGCACACCAUCGAUGUUGAAGAAGAUGGUUGCUGUUAGCCAAGAUUCCAUGCCACUUCGACUGAAAGGCAGCCACCACAUAAACCUACCUUCCGGUGUUGAGAAGGUCAUCACAAUUAUUCAAGGAUUUCUAAAUGAAAAAGCUAGACAAAGGUUGAGGAUUCACAAAAAUCAAGAGGAGUUGAUGGAAGAUAUCCCUAAAGAAGUAGUACCCCCAGAAUACGGUGGAACCGGUCCUUCGAUUCCAGAACUUACAGAAUAUUGGGUGGGUAAGUUCAAGCAAUACCAUGACUGGAUGAAAGUGGAAGAACAAUUGGGAACAGAUGAGUCGAAACGUCUUGGCCCACCGGUAGCCCACGACUUCAUGGAAGACGGAUCCUUUAGAAAACUUGAUAUAGACGUUGCAUCUGACAACAAGGUAAUAAAAAUGUCUGUUCGGCCACUGCCACCUGCUUUGAAGAAGGUAGCUGAGAAAGAACUCAAUGAGAAACCAAAACGAGUGAAGUCUGAUCUUCUAGCGCUAAGAGAAUGGCUCUGGAAACAACCGCAUCUUCAAUCUGUACAACCAACGGAUCAAUGGCUGAUAGGAUUUUUGCGCGGUGGGAAAUACAGUCUUGAAAGAGCCAAAGAGAAGUUUGAUAUGUAUUACACUUUAAAAUCCGUUAUACCAGAAUUUUUCGCAAAUAGAGAUCCCAGCGGAGCUAAGGUUCAAGAAAUACUUAAACUCGGAGCGUUUCUACCAUUGAAGAAUUGUGCUGGAGACGAUGCGCCACGAAUAAGUAUAGUGAGGGUUGGGGUCUUUGACCCUUCCAAGUACCACCUGUCUGACUUAAUUAAGACGGCUCUCAUGGUGACCGAGAUAUUAAUGCUUGAAGAUGACAAUUUCUCCGUGGCUGGCGAGGUGCUAAUAAUUGACAUGAAAGAUGUAGGUAUAAGUGUGCUUAGUCAAUGGACUCCAGCGUUAGCCAAGAAAGUCAUCUCGUCGUUUGAGAAGGGUCUCCCGAUUCGAGUGAAGGGGGCUCAUAUUUUAAACACGCCUGUAGGAUUCGAAACAGCCUUUGCGAUAUUCAAAGCAUUUUUAACGGACAAAUUAAAGAAAAGGAUUCGUGUCCACAAUCAAAACUAUCCGGCCAUGUAUAAAACAAUACCAAAGUCUAUCCUUCCUGUUGAAUAUGGUGGUACUGAUGGCUCCUUGCAAGAGUUAACAGAUCACUGGAAAGCUAAAGUAGAGAGUUAUCGCGACUGGUUCUUGAAACAAGAGGAGGCACGCUCGGAGGAGUCCAAGAGGCCUGGCUGUCCAAAGAACUCCUCUAACUUAUUCGGAGUAGAAGGAUCCUUCAGGCGCUUAGAAGUUGAUUAGUGGUACUGGCUACCAAAAUAGUACAAUUUUAUUUUUAUGGAGUUUGAAUAAAGAAUUGUUGUCCGUU